UUCAUAUCAGAUACUUUAUCAUGCCAAGUUCCACAUAUCGCAGCUGAAAUUUCGAAAAAGCAUCUGCCGAACAACUGAGGAAUGGCCAGAGUAAGUUUUCGCUUUCAGAAAUAACAUUACAUCUAAUAUUAGUUGAUCUAUCUGAGGAGAUCAUCAGCCACGUGAGAGUUUCCCUUCAUACGGCUCGAAUCAUUCUAUAACACAAUUUCUCAUUUAUAUUCAUGACCAGAUUGCACUAUCAGCUGGAGGUCAAGUGUGAACAAGGAUCUGAUGACAUAGAUGUCAUAAUGGACCAUGAGGCAACUCUCUCAAUAAUUGGCAUGUCACCCAACAAGUACAACAAACUCGAUGCAGAAUCGGCCAAGGCAUUGCUUAUCAAAAAGUGUAACAGAAUGUUUGCAGGUGAGUUAUACAUCGGUUCCUCAGAUUUGAAGAAUAGAACCCCAGCAGGCCAAUCUCACAUUAGAGUUGCAACACUUUGGCAUACCUCAAGAAUAGACAAGUGAAGGUUUCCUGAUGGAUCAUAUCUAUCCCUGAACUAGGUUCCAAUUCUCCAGCUUCGAUGGAGACAAAACUAUAUCCAGCUUUGAUUAUAUAUUUUGGCAGACUUUUGGAUGAUUUAAUUAUGUGUUUCUUUGCCUUGACAAACUAAAUCUCCAGAACUUUGAUGUGUGCUCUGCUGUGAUGAAUUUCCAAUGCUGUUAUUCUUAGUUUAGCAAAAAUGAUGCUUAAUGUAGGUUCGCAAACCACGUAGCAACCUCUAUUCAACAAUAUUCUAAUUACAUUGCUCAAUCAAGUAACUAUCUCAUCUACUUUCAAAUUAUACACCCAAAUAAAUACUUCAGGAUCCACAAAAUUACAAAAGUUAAACUUAUCCCGCCGCGGAGCGCGGACUGAAAGAAAAGGAUUUUUAGGGCGACGAAUAGGAAUUUUCAAAAUAUUUAAUCCUAAGAUGAAAUAAAUAAUAAAUUAAUUUAAGAAAAAGAAACGCGUCUGUUUGGGGAAGCGUUUCGAGUUGAGGCCUUCCCCGGAAACUUAGCCAACAAGACUCCAAACGGACAAGUCCCACCGUCUUCCCUCCCUCGCCUCAAUACUAACGCCGUGUUCCCUUCCUUCGAAUCACAUCCCGACACGUAUCCAUCUCAUGCCCCCUCUUGUUCACACGUAGGAUCACGUUUCCUAUAAAUAAAACCCCCUUCCUCUUCUCAUUCCGUCAAUCAACCAACCAACCAACAAAGAAAGUUCUCUCUCUCAAAUCACGCCGUUCGCUUCCGAUCUUUCUCUCUCCGUCACCACGCUUACGGAGAAGUUCCCCUGUUUCCUUUCCCCGAUUCCGAUCGGCAGUCGUCCUCCGCCUAAUCAGAUUCCGGCGAUAAUGGCUGAAGCAAACGCUAAUCCCGCAACUCCUGCUCCACUGACGAAAGAGGAGGAGGAGAGGCUGAAAUACUUGGAAUUUGUGCAAGCAGCAGCUCUUCACGCUCUGGUGACGUUCACGAACCUCUACAUCUACGCCAAGGACAAGGCGGGUCCGUUGAAGCCUGGCGUCGAGACAGUCGAAGGAACUGUUAAGACCGUGGUUGGCCCUGUUUAUGAUAAGUUCCAGGACGUUCCCAUUGAAGUCCUCAAGUUCGUUGAUCGCAAGGUAGACGAAUCUGUUACUAGCAUCGACCGGCGCGUGCCACCAGUUGUCAAGCAAGUGUCGGCCCAAGCAUUCUCGGCAGCACAGGCUGCCCCGGGAGCUGCCCGUGCUGUGGCCACCGAGGUGCAGCGAUCUGGUGUGAAGGAGACCAUGACAGGGUUGGCAAAAACCGUCUACACCAAGUACGAGCCAAAGGCGAAGGAACUGUACACCGUCUACGAGCCUAAAGCCGAGCAGUGUGCUGUCUCUGCCUGGCGAAGGCUCAACCAGCUUCCCCUCUUCCCUCAGGUGGCUCAAGUGGUUGUCCCGACGGCUGCUUAUUGGUCCGAGAGGUACAACGAGACUGUGGCCAGCACUGCUGAGAAAGGUUACAAGGUCUCUUCUUACUUGCCUCUCGUGCCUACUGAGAGGAUUGCCAAGGUGUUCAGUGAUGAUACUGCAGCUCCACGAUUGGUUUCUAACUGAAAGGUUGUCAAUUUGGAGUGUGAACGUGGGUUGAAGAGAGACAAAGAAGGGUUUAUGCUUAGUCUUGUUUUAGUUUAUGCUCUUUGUUUUGUGAAGAAUGAAUGACCUUUGUGGUCUUGUUACAGUGCUGGAGUUGGUUCUGUUAGCUUUUUAGUUCUGUUAGUUGAAUACAAUGGAAGAUUGUUGUCGUGUUAGCUCAAUUCUUGAGGUUUGUCACUUUGAUCACUUGUUCAACACAUGAGAGCAAAGAUAAACUGUGACUGUGAGUGCAACAAGCCAAAAACUAUACAUUUCAUAUCAAAUACUAGCACAGAGCCCGGCCCUUGGCCGGGUUGUUCUUCUCAUUGUAGUAGUGCUUUUUUUUUUCUUUGUAGUUUUGCUUGCUUCCUUUGCCUAAAUUAAUGAAAAAAUUAUACGAAGUUGAGAAAUAACUUUCGAAACAUAUUACAUUGUUAUGUGACAAAUGUGUUAUAAUUUAAACGUUUGUAACCUUUUAUCUAGAGGUAAACAUAUGUCACCAAAAUGAUCAUUCACGUAAUUUAAAAUAGACCGAUUGAAUAAUAAAGAUUAUGUUAGAAA